AUGGUAAACAAUACCACUCAAGAUAUUCAAGAUUCGAAUGAGGAACUGAAGGAAAUCAUCAAUUAUUGCGAUCGAUUUCGUGAGAAACUUGUUGAAGAAAAAGAAGAUUCACAAGAUCAUUCAUUAAUCGAACAAAUCGAUGCAUGGGAAGACGAUUCAAUCAAGAAGAUUCAACAAACAGCAGAACGAUGUCGAGAACUCGUGGUUGAAUAUCGAGAAGUCUAUUUUCAAAACAUUGAACAAAGAUUCAGCCGAUUAUCCGAACGAAUCGUACAAACUCAGAAGGAAAACAAACUUGAUGAAACAAAUUUGAAUGAAUUCAAAAGAACAUUGAUGGCUCUCGCUUCAACAGAUAUUUCGUUUAUUAUUAAAGAUCGGCCAUUAACAAUUCAAAAACCAUUAGUUCAGCAAGACGAAUCAAUUUUCCAAGAAUAUGGAAAUAUUCUUACCGGUGACAAUGGAAAAGGAGAAGACUUAAAUCAGCUCUGUCAUCCCGGUGGUAUCUUCGUUGAUCAGAGUAAAACAAUUUUUAUUGCUGAUUGGGGAAAUAAUCGUAUUGUUGAGUGGAAAUACGAUGCAAAACAAGGACACGUCAUUGCAGGCGGAAAUGGACAAGGCAAUCAAAUGAAUCAAUUAUAUCGACCGACGAAUGUAAUUGUCGAUCAACAAAGUCAGUCACUUAUCAUUGCUGAUUCAAUGAAUAAACGCGUUAUUCGAUGGUUUAACGAUCAAACACAAGAAAUUCUCAUCGAGAACAUCUACUGUUGGGGUUUAGCAAUGGAUAAAAAUCGGUUUCUCUAUGUUACCGAUACAGAGAAAAAUGAAGUUAGAAAAUGGAAACUAGAAAAGAUUAUAGAAAACAAAGAAGGAACAUUAGUUGCGGNUGAAAGUGGACGUCAUGAAAUGAACGGAAAUUGGUAUUCGUGGUCAAAAGGUUCCGUUCCAAACGAUUAUGUUUUGGCAUGGCGUCAUACCUACAAUAUCAUCUCAAACAAAGGUAUAAAUGCAACACGACUUCAAUGGGUUUGGAGUGUAUCUAGUGAAGACUAUGGCGAGCAUAGAGUAGAAGACUAUUGGGUUGGAGAAAACUACACAAAUUGGAUAGGAAUUAAUGUAUUUAAUGGAGGUUCAAGCGCGAGUUGGAGUAAAUGGCGAUGGCCUCAUGAAAUUCUCGAUGGUAUGAUGGCUCGGUUAAACAAGUUAUCCUCAACAAAACCAAUCUCUGUGAACGCAUACGCAACAGUUGGUGUGCGAACAGGAAAUACUACAGAUGUACAGGCAAAAAAUGAAUGGUUGCGUCAAAUGUGUGAUUACAUAAACAAUAAUAACAUUAAGAUGGCAUCGUAUUACAAUGUUGACCAACCAAAUCAAGAUAAUAUGGUGUUUGGUGGUACCCAUGGUGAUGUUAUUUGGAACGGUUGUAAAGGAUAUUCAUCAUACAGAAAUUGUUUACAGUCCAAUGAUUGGAUUGAACCAGAUGUAACAAAUCCGAGACUUGUUACUGAUAAGCAAUUUGCUGGUAUAUUAUCGAAUGCAAAAGAUAUUUGGAAAAGUCGAAGUAUUCUAAAAAUAUUCACGAUUCUGACAUUGUUUUUUCAGAAUAUGAUCAUUUAA